GUUUGCACCAAUGAGAAUUCCUCGAACCCGCCCGUAGCGCCUGCCGAGGGCCAUGGCAGAGCGUGUCAAGCAUACUCUGGGAGCCGGAGAUCUUUGCGCUAGCCGCAGUGCUUGACGUGAGCUACGGGCUAGUGGCGGCCUUGUCGAGGCAGACUGCGAGCAUGGUGGAGGGACGAGCAGCCAGAGAGCAGAAGGACGGACAACCCCACACCUGCACGGCAAAGACUUGGCACGGCCCUUUUCUCGCUGAACUUUGCUUGCGUAGGUGACCGAGCUCGAGCCUGAACAUGCUAUGUGUGCUGCUGUGCUGCCAGCUGCGACGCUGGAGAGGGCCGGCGAGGCCCGGUCGCGGUGCUAUUUGCGGGCGUGCGGCCGAGUGCGGGGCAUGCGGCAGCGGCGGUACCCGAGCUUUGCAUGCGCCGGCGGGAGCAAGAUCUCCGAGCCGCCUCCGGCCUGCGGAUGCUUGCGAGCCGCCGACUGGGCGCCCUGUGCCGCUGACAGCGCCGGCGGCUUGAAGUGUAGGGUACAGCGAGCACCCUUGGCCGCGUUGCGCCGUCAGCGUCAAGAGGGAGGAGAGGCGCGUCACCCUCGCACAGGCAGCAUCCACAGACUUCCCCGCGCUCUCCGCGCGCCUAGCGUGCAGCGACGUGCAGCGUGCAGCUCUUGGCACGCUGGGGAUCUCGGACUUCUCGUCCUCCUCGGGUCCGCAGGGGCUGCCGUUGCUCCGACAGGCCCGAAAAGCGUAUGCCCGCUGAUCAAGAGGGAUGACAAGGGGCAAGCUCGGCUGUGACUCCGACGUCGACUUGGCCGUGCGCCCUCUCCGACGCGCCGCUCGCGAGGGGACGGCAGGCCGUUACCUCCGGCGCCGACGUGCGCCUCCAUCUGAUCCGAAGGCUUGAUCUGAACCGACCUGCGGAGAAGCUUUUUAAGCUGAGCAAGUAUCUGCGGGGGCCGCUCAUUCUUCU